AUGGCUGGGCACAAGCGGCGCGCGCUCACUACAGAUGACCUCCUUCGUAUGCAGGAGGAGCCCGGUCGCAAGAGACUCAAAAGAGAUCUAGACUCAGACAGUGAUGUUGAGGAUCAGGCGUCGGACGUGGAACGAAGUUCCAUCGCUUCCUCGUUAAGCUCGAGUUCUCACUCAGGCAGCGGCGGUGACGCACCUCGCAAUGAGCCCCCUAUUAUUUCUCCAACUCGGCCAUCCACGUUUGCCUCGCUGGGAAUAACCUCAACCCUAUUCAAUGCCUUGUCGAAGAUGUCAAUACGUGUGCCCACGGAGAUCCAGGCCGCCUGUAUUCCCCCACUACUUGAAGGCGAAGACUGCAUAGGAAACGCAAAGACUGGCUCCGGAAAGACAAUUGCAUUUGCCCUCCCGAUUCUCCAGAAGCUUGCGGUCGAUCCGUACGGCAUCUUUGCUUUGGUCUUGACACCUACGCGCGAACUCGCAUUCCAGAUCUCGGAACAGUUCGCUGUUCUAGGUUCAGCUCUCAGCCUACGCACAGCAGUGGUUGUAGGUGGUAUGGACAUGAUGGCACAAGCUCUGGAGCUGGGUCGUCGUCCCCAUGUCGUGGUGGGCACGCCGGGCAGGGUGGUGGACCUUCUCAAAAGCUGUAGUGGAGAGUGGGAUCUAUCUCGCAUUAAGUUCCUUGUCCUAGAUGAAGCCGAUCGCUUGCUGACACCAACUUUCGCACCGGAGCUCUCGUAUCUGUUUGAGACCCUUCCGAGAGAACGCCAAACAUGCCUAUUCACGGCUACUCUUACGCCUGCCGUAGAGAAGUUAGCUCAAGCGCCACCGCGACCAGGCAAGCAGAAGCCGUUUAUUCACAGAAUGACCGAGACGAUUGAGACGGUCGAAACGCUCCAGCAACAUUAUAUUCUAGUGCCAUCACAAGUACGCGAAUCGUAUUUAUAUUACCUACUAUGCAACCCUCCAGAGUCUACGCUCCACCUCCGCCGCGCCCCUCCGGAAUCUACAAAGCCGUCCAAGAAGCACAAGCCCGCACCCAAAUCCAAGCAAAAAAAAACAAAGCCUAAAGCAUCUGACGACCCCGAUGAAAUCGAGCAGCCCCCACCGACUAUCAUAUUUUGCAAGCGACCUCGCACUGCCGCGUAUCUCACGAACCUCCUACAGACGCUGCACAUCCGAACCACCGCGCUGCACUCCCGGCUGACGCAGCGCGAACGCCUAUCCUCGCUCUCGCUCUUCCGCGCGAGCGUCGUACCUGUGCUCGUGUCGACGGACGUGGGCGGUCGUGGUUUGGAUAUUGAGGACGUCGCGCUCGUCAUCAAUUGGGACAUGCCCGACGAGCCGGAGGAGUACACGCACCGGGUCGGUCGAACGGCACGUAAGGGCAAGGGUGGUGUGGCGGUGAGCUUCGUAACGGAGCGGGACGAAGAGCGCAUCCUGCGCGUGGAGGAGCGAAUUAAAACGAAGCUCACGGAGAUGGUGCUCCCUGAGGGGAAGGUACUCGAUCAGCUUAACGUUGUCUCCACGGCCAAGCGGCUCGCAAACAUGGAGCUCCACGACUCCGACUUCGGGAAGCGCGAGGAGAUUCACAAGAUCAAAAACGCAAAACGGAAGGCGGAUGUGGAAGGGACGUGA